UUAAUAACUUUAAUCUCGAGAUGGUUUUAUUUUUUUAUUAUUGCUUGGCCCUAAUCCACUUCCGUAGGGAACAUAUUAAAUAUGGGAACAUAUUAAAAUUAAAUAAAAAAAAAAAUCCAUUAUAUAACCCUUUUAAAAAAUCUUACUGACAAACUUUUGAGCAGUAGUGAAUAUACAGGAAAGUGGGGGAAAAAUACCUUGAAUGAACACAUUUAUUACAGUAAUCAUGUAGUCCAUAUAGUUAUCAGUUCUAUAUUUAUAUAUCAGAUUAUAUUGUUGCAGUUCAGCAAAUAUAGAGUAAAAUGACCCUAUUGUACUUUAUUUUAAUCUAUACUAUAGAUUACAGAAAACCUGUUAGUUGAAUCACAGACCCAUAUAAUAGUAUUAUGCAUUUGAAAGAGCCCACUUCCAGAGGCUAAAUACAGUUUAAAGCACAAAGGGAAUGUUGCUGCACUGCUUUAUAUCACACACACAUGUGUGAGGGGUACAACAAGCUGAUAAGAUGGGAAUGUUCAUGUUGGGAAAUGUUGUCAGGGAGUCAUUGAGUGAAAGGGUAAAUGAUGAGAAGUGUGACAUAAACCAGCAGGAGGAACUCAGCUGUGAAAACAAAAGGGAAGCUAAUAACACUGCUGACAGAUGGUAGAACAAUCUAAUUUCUGUCUUUCUCUCAAUUUGUGCUGUUAGUGGAUUUGUUGGACAUGCACUGGAAGUACUGCCCUGAGCAAACCAAGAUGGAUCAUUGUGGACUAAAGGAGAUACUUUAUAAGAUCCAUAACUCUGCCAGCAGGCUUCUGUACUCAGCUCUGGUGCUGUUUACUGAUCUCACAGCUGGAAUACUUGGUCAUCUGUUAUUCAGACGGCAUUUUCACUUCCUAAUCUCUGUGCUGGUGCUGUUUGGACCUGUUCUUAGUCUCUGGGUAUCCAAGUACAGCAUAUUUGGCAACAAGAACCACUACCUGUACAGGGUAUUCCUGCAUUCCUGCUGGGGCUGGACCUGUAUAUUAUGUGGCUCUUUCGUCUUUCUUCUGUCAUACUGCAUCAGUAACUCUCUUAUUCACUCAGUCCGUCACCUCUCUCGGCUUGCUGUGGCCGGGACUCUGUGGACAGUAUUCCGUCGUGUUCUCUCCUUCCUAGUGGACGCCUCAGGAAGCUGUUUUGAGCCAUUACAAAGCACCACAGAAGUCCGCAGGAACCCCGGGGAGCUCCUGGACUCUGAUACAGGCCCCUUAUUACUACUGAGAGAGGAGAAGGGUAAAGCAGCCUGCCUUAAGGCUGGGCUACAAUGGCAGGGAUGUGAGGUGUCUGAUGACAUCUUGAUUCUUAGUUUAUGUUGUUUGAUUCUUGCUGAGGAAAUUGCUGUUUUUGGGCCCUGCAUGGCUCUAGGAAAGCCUCUGGGGGCGCCGCUGAGGAUUCUCUUCAUGCUGUGCGUGUUGUUGAUGAGUCUCUGGAUCUUCCUGAUUCUCUGCUUGUUAGCGCACUUCCCACUGUUCCCUUCCCAGCUGGUUGGAGGAGCUCUUGGGUAUCUGGGAUGGAAGGCACUUUAUAAGGGCUGGUAUGUUUUAAAGCCCGGCUGGUGCUGUCUUGGAAGACCAAAAGCUUUGUGUUUGGACAUCACGAGUAAAACUGCAGUAAAUGUGUCAUGCAUGUUGAGGAAAUAAGUAAUUGCAUAUAUAUAUAUAUAUAUAUAUAUAU